AUGGAUAUCGACAUGAGCGAUCAGCGGCCAGGCGAAACCAAGGGCCUGGGAAGAUUUACGCCAAAAGGAGGAAGAUGGACGAAGAACAACUUGACGUACCAUAUCAAGAGCUUCACUCCAGAUCUUUCUCGCCUUCAAACCAGGAACGCUAUCAGAAGAGCUUUCCAACUAUGGGCCAAUGUGUCUCCGUUGUCGUUUAACGAGUCAUCAAACGCCACUGCCGACAUCGUCAUCGACUUCGUAACAAGAUAUGAGCACAAUGAUGCAUACCCAAUGGAGCUGAAACAGUUUGAUGGACCAGGCGGAUAUCUCGCGCACGCGUCUUACCCCCCGCAUGGCAUCGUCCACUUCGACGAAGACGAAACGUAUACGGUCAUGGCAGCGGGCGGUGUUGACCUCGCCAUCGUAGCCGCUCACGAGUUCGGCCACGUACUCGGACUGGGUCAUUCCAGCAACUCCCAUGCUGUUAUGAGUCCUAUUUACAACGGUUUUGUGGAGGACUUUAACCUGCACCAAGAUGAUAUAGAUGGCAUUCAGUACCUGUAUGGUUAUCCAGAUGUUGAUCUUACUUUGACUAAACUAGAAAUUGGGACCAGUGAUAUUGAGAACCUACCUGCCUGUGACAGCCCAUGGGAUGCCGCUACAUACUAUGCUCCUGGCGAUGUCGUGUACGCAUUCAAAGGGCAGUUCGUCUGGGCGAUCAACGAUCAGGGAGUCGUGGAAGGGUACCCGACAAAGACUAACAAUGUUUUUAGUGAGGCGCCCUCAAAUGUACACUCCGUUGUUUCUGCUGGGAGCAGGACAUACAUGUUCAAAGGUAACAACAUUUGGCGAUUCUUUGGGAAGCAGCUGGAGCCAGGUUUCCCCCGUCCCAGGAAAAACAGUUUUCCCCACUCGACCGAUGCUGCUCUGAUCGAUGACGGCAAGAUAUACAUCCUCAAAGGUGGUCGCUACUAUGAGUUCUUCGAGAAUGAUCUGAACAUCGGAUGGUCUAAAAAGAUUCGCCAUCACUGGAGGGGAAUACCGGCGAAUAUAGAUGCUGCUUUGCAAGGGCGGAAUGGAACCACGUACUUCUUUAAGAAUGACAAUUAUUGGAAAUUUGAAGAUAGCAAGAUGGUGGGUGCUUAUCGGAAAUCCCGCUCUAAAGAUUGGAUAGGAUGCGGAUCUUUCUGAGAAGAAUAUAGUGUUGGCGAGUACUAAAACCAGUCGGACAUUUUGACUCUCUGAGAUACAUUUGUAAAUACCUGAAAACCAGUAGAGACUUAUUUAUUUAAGUUCAACAAAAUCCUCCUGCCUACUAGGUGCUAGCGAUGCAGAUUUAUCUAUAAACCAGACAUAAACAUUUGAGACUUGGGUAAAUUGAUCACAAUUUGACUUUAUUAAAUUAAAUAUUAAUAUUUUUUGAAUUCAUAGCAAGUGUAUUCGAGCGCUCGAUGUGGUUUCAUAUCAGACUAAAUUCUUCAUACCACUCUGAAAUACGACACAAACACGCACACACGCACACGCACACACACACACACACACACAUACACACCCGGAUCAAGAGCAAUCCACAUAGUCAGGUUUUCAUAUGGGCGUAUGGCAAGCCGUUUUGACAUAUCAAGAAUUCUAGUGUCUGAUAACACGAAAUAGAAAUAAAGGUUAAGACGGUUUGUCAUAUGGGUGGGGGAGUUCGACCAUGGAGUUAGUAACUCCAUGAAGAAACCAACCACAUAGAGAGUUAUAUCAAGGCUCUUAUUUUACUUAUUCACGAAGACAAAACCUUUAUUUAUCAAAGGACAAAAUCAUACAAUUAUAACUCCCAGCCUCUUGAUUGAAACUAAAUAUCAUGUAAUAUACUUCCUAUUUAUGUAUCUAAAUCAUGACGAAAUUGUUUUCUUUCAGAAAUGUGUGCUUCUUUUCAUAAUCUAUUUAUAUCGCAGUUUCAGCGAAGAUAUGCUUACCUAUCUAUUGGUGAUUGCUAUUUAAGGCGUAGUAUCAGCUACAUGUACAUAGUAAAUUAUUGGAGUAUUUAUUAUAACGUAUUAUUUAUUUUAGC